GAAUUAGAUAACAAAAGGCAAGAACCAUGGAACUCAUUUCCCUUUAUCAAUCAAUCCCUCCACUGCUUCUUCAUCAAAGAAUCUCGUGAAUGGAUUGCUUUUCCUUCAUAUCUCGCUUCAGAACAACACUAGUAUCUCUUUUACUAAACAUUUCUUUCCUUUUCUUUCUUGUAUUCUACAUCACAACCAAUGUUCUUGAGAAACCAAGUUUUAAGCUUUCCAAUUCCAUCUUAUUUGAAGCUCAAGGCUCUCAUGACUGUUCAGGCGUUCGUAACUUCACUGAUUACAAGUCCCAGUGUGCUUACGUGAAAUCAUUCGACUGUUCAGGAAAAGGUUACAUUGAUUACCUUCAGAUUUUCUACUGCAGUUUAGGCCAGUUUCCUGUGCUGGGAUACACUUUGCUUCUUUUAUGGCUUCUUCUUCUGUUCUAUGUAAUUGGAAAUACAACAGCGGACUACUUUUGUCCUUCGGUCGAAAGCUUAUCCCGAGUUCUGAAGCUUUCACCAACUAUAGCUGGUACAACUCUGCUUCCUUUAGGCAAUGGUGCAAACGACGUUUUCGCAAGCUUCAUUUCUUUCGCGCAAUCCCACGAUUCUGAUGUGGGAAUCAACACAGUUCUUGGUGGGGCAUUUUUCAUCUCAUGCUUUGUUGUUGGAAUUGUUAGCAUGUCAAUUUCAUCUCGUCAGGUAGCUGUUGAUGAAGCCAGCUUCAUCAGAGAUGUCCUGUUUCUUAUUUUCUCCCUUGUAUCCCUCCUGAUGAUCAUUAUUUCUGGAGAAAUAAAUUUGUGGGUUGCAACCGGUUACGUUUCCAUCUAUGUCCUGUAUAUUAUGGUGGUCUCAGCAAUGCAAUUUUUCUGUGGAAAGAAAGAGAUGAUUGUCAAUCCUCCUGCCAUUAUUCCUCCAUCCUCGCGGAGUAAUUUCUUGGCACUUAACUCUGAUGAAUCUUGCGGCAUGUAUGCUCCUCUGAUUGGACCUAUGGAUGAGGAAAAGAAUGAAUCACAGUCACAGCUGAAAGAUGCUCUUGAUCAACUCUCUAAUGGGAGUGAAUCGAGAUCGACAGCUUGUCGUUUCCUGCUCUUGUUUCUCUAUGUUUUGGAGUUACCUCUGCAGUUACCUAGACAAAUUACAAUUCCAACGGUUUCUGAGGAAAAAUGGUCCAAAGCUUUUGCUGUAACUUCAGCAACAUUAGCACCUAUUUUCUUAGCACUCAUUUGGAAACCUCAGAUAAUCAGUUCAACUAUAAGCUUAGCCAUUUUCAUGAGUGCAGCUCUUCUUGGGAUUAUACUGGGGACACUUGCAUUUGCAUUCACUAAGAAGUCAGGCCCGCCAAAGGACUGCUUAUUCCCUUGGCUUGCAGGAGGAUUCUUGAUGAGUAUAGCUUGGACAUAUCUUAUUGCAGAGGAACUGGUUUGUUUGCUGGUAUCAUUUGGCACUAUUUUGGGAAUAAACCCUUCAAUCUUGGGACUUACUGUCCUUGCUUGGGGAAAUUCAGCAGGGGAUUUGAUAUCAAAUCUUGCUAUGGCAUUAAAAGGAGGACCUGAUGGGGUACAAAUGGCAAUAUCAGGUUGUUAUGCAGGGCCAUUGUUUAAUAACCUGAUUGGUUUGGGACUAUCACUCAUUUUUGCCUCAUGGUCUCAGUAUCCAUCUUCUUAUGUGAUUCCAAAAGAUCCUUAUCUUUAUGAAACUGUGGGAUUUUUUAUUGCUGGCCUGCUUUGGGCUAUCGUGAUAUUGCUCAACAGGAAAAUGAAGUUGGAUAGGUCCUUAGGUGGAGGUCUUGUGGCCAUAUACUUAUGUUUUAUAUUCCUAAGACUAGCAAAGGCUCUGGGAUUACCAAAACUUGGGGGCUCUUUACUAGAAAAUUGAAAGAGCUUUACAAGCAUUGGUUUUGAUCUUUAGAGAUUUUCAAGCAUUGGUUUUGGUCUUAGAGCUUUUCAAGCGUUGGUUUUGUUGUAAAUUAAAUAAAGCAGUAAAUUUUCUCU